GAUUCCGAGCCUUGGAAAAUUAACGGACCAACCGUCAGACAGGAUGGGGCCCACGGGCUGAGAGAGCAGGCGUGGAUAGCCCAUUUGCUGUGGGCAGUCGGGGCGUUAUAAGUGGUAUCAGAGCUGGUUAGCCAUCUCAGUUCUGACCUGAGAGGCGUCUUGAGACCUGUCGUGGGCCGCAACAAGGACGUUGCGUUCUUUGAGACGGGGUGAAUUGUAACAUCCCGAGUUGUGAUAUGUGAAAUGGCUUAAGAGAAUUGAUUUGGCUACCUAUGUCACCAAAGUUAACUUACCUUUUCCAUCACACAUUCGUUUAGAAUUCCAGAGUUAAUCGUGUUUGGGCUGGAAUAGUGAAAGGAUGGGUGACCUAUCGGGAAGUGAUUCGCGAUACCGUGCGAGUGAGGCCAAAGCACGGGGAAAGGUCGGGUGGUGAUUGCAGGAUCAGUAAACAAUGAUUCCGAGCCUUGGAAAAUUAACGGACCUACCAUCAGACAGGAUGGGGCCCACGGGCCGAGAGAGCAGGCGUGGGUGGCCCAUUAGCUGUGGGUAGUCGGGGCGUUAUACUUUUUUGGGUUAAAAUAAAUGUUUAAUCAUCUGUGAUAUUAGAAACCCACUGAUUUAAGAAAUGGGCUUUAAUACGUUGAAACAAAUCUAAGAUCAUUGGUUUAUCAACCAUUGUCAAGAGUGAAACACAGAUCCAAGCCAUCACACUCAAUCAUGAAAAUGGAAUUCUAUGCAACUGGUGGUUGACUUUCUAUACUUUCGGCGAGUGCAAGAAACCUCAUUUUAUAUUUAUUUUAAGUUGCAUUGCCAAUUAAUCUGUCAACAACUAUCAUUUAUAAGUAAUAAGAAUAUAAUUUUUCUUGGUUAUAAGUUAGUGAUGGCUUUCCAUAUAGAAAUAUUUUGGUAGGGUACUAAUUUUUUUUAAAUAGUUUCUAGACCAAGAACCAAACUAAAAAUCCAAAUGUGCCAUGCAAGUUGUAAUUUUAAAUAUAGAUGACAAACAAGUUCUGUAUAUUCUAUAGUCUUGAGUAUGUAUCGUAGAUGACGUAAUUUAUAUUAAUCAAUCUCUCUAACAUAAUCUCAUUUGCUUCUGCAAUAAAACUAUUUCAAAACCUAAACCUUUCCAAGAAAAAUAAGAAAAACAUCUUCUUACGAUGUAUCAAAACAUCUUCUUCUUCUUUCUGACAACCUUGCACAGCUAUUACUAUGUCUCUGCUCAGCGUCCUGCUCCUCCGCUCACAAACGGCGACCUCGUCGCCAAUUUCGAGCCGAGUUUGGCCGUCGUCACCGUAGUUCUCGCCAUCAUGUUCUCGCUCACUUUCUUCCUCCUCGUCUACGCUAAGUGCUGCCACAUCGAUCUCCGGUCAAGAACCGGCGACGGAAGACGGCAAGAUCGCCGGAGCAUACAAGGAAUAUUCGUUAACCGGUCAACUAACUCGUCGGACCGGUUCUCCGGUUUAGACAGAACAGUAAUCGAGUCACUUCCUCUGUUCAGGUUCUCUGCUUUGAAAGGAUCAAAACAAGGGCUUGACUGUUCUGUUUGCUUGUCUAAGUUCGAAAGUGUCGAGAUUCUUAGAUUGCUGCCAAAAUGUCGUCACGCUUUCCACGUCGGAUGCAUCGAUCAGUGGCUUGAGGAGCACGCUACGUGCCCUCUAUGCAGAGACAGAGUCUCGAUAGAAGAAGAGUACUCUAUUUACGGAAACAGUUUUCGGUUCUUGAAUCAGUCUGAGGUGAGAGAUGAUUCGAGCUUGGAGCUUUACAUCGAAAGAGAAGAACAAGAAGAAGAAGAAGUUGGUGGGUCAUCGAGAUUCAGCGUCGGAGAUAGUUUUCGGAAGAUUCUUAAAUUAGGUCAUAAAGAGAAACCCUUACUUGAUCAACACGGAAACGAUAAAGACGAGAGGAAGCUGAUGCAUAAGUUCAAUCAUAGGAUCAUUGUGUCUGAUGUUGUGUUCAAGAAUCGUUGGAGCAAUGUGAGUACGUCGGAUUUGAUGUUUUUGAACUCGGAAAUGGUUAGUUCGAUUUCAAGCCAGAGGUUCUUAUCGAUGGAUCGAGUUAAGAGAGGUGAUGAAGAGGGUGGAAGAGGUAUCUUGGGAGUCAAGGAAGAGAUGGAAGAGAAGAGAAUGUUGGAGAACAAGUUGAGUACGAUGAAAACUAUGUUGUUGUCGGAAAAUGGAGAGUCUGGUUCGAAAGCAAGAAGCGUUAUGGUCGAGCCAGGAAGAAGAUCGGUCUCUGAGAUCACUACAGUUCCUAGACUCAGUGUUGCGGUUCAUGGAGAUUAUAGCGGUUUAACCGCAGUGACUGCGUUAGAAACGGAGAGAAGACGGCGUUUGUGGCUGCCGAUCGCUAGAAACACAGCACAAUGGUUUGCUAAUAGAGAAUUAAGAAAGCAAAUUAACAUAACACACCUACACUUAGAUGUUUAG